AUGAAAGAAGAAAUGAAUUUAAAAGUAUUACUUGAUGGUUGUCCUCGAGAAAUGUACGAUAUCGCGACGUAUCUCAAAUCUCUGGAAUAUCUCGAUGAACCUAAUUACGAAGUACUAGAAGUCGCGCUAACACGUAUCAUUAUGCGGUAA